GUAUUAAAAAAAAGAAAAAGAAAAAGCGUCCAUAUAUGAAAGAAACCGUUAAACUUAAGUAUUUUAUCAAUGGAAUAUACUAAAUUAUAAUUGAACGUAUUCUUCAUCUUCUUUCUUUAAAAAAAAAAUGUUAUAUAUGAAAUUAUAAAUGAAGACUUUACUUUUAUUUAAAGUGAAAUAGUUUUAUUUACAAUUUGACUUGAAUCAAACAUGUCAGAUAGCGAAAAUGAUUUUUUACCGAACCGUUUGUUUACUUAUCAAAACGAGAAUACGACAUUUAGUGCCCGAGGACCUAAUAUAAACGCUACCAAUGUUACUGGUCUAAGCUUUAGAAAUAAUGUUCUAACAUCAACAAUGAAUAUGUCACGGCCUUUUGAUAAAAAAGUUCGCAUGGAACCAAGAAUGGACCAUUAUACCAAUUAUUACAGAAGAGAGGUAUCUCCUACAACGUCGUUGCGAAGUGUUUCUGAUUUUAGACAGCCUAGUUAUUAUCAGUCACGCUACCCUCGUGCCAUGAGCUCCCAAAGAUCAAUGUUUAAUGGAAGAAGUGGUUCACCAAUGUCAGUUAGAAGUAUAGAUACCACAACAAGUGUAAGUGCUGCUGAUAUAGCACUUGCUUUCAAAAACAUUAAUUUCAACAAGUAUGAUAAGAGGAUUAUCAAAGAUGCCUAUAAUAAAUUCAUGCGGAGAGGGAUUAGAAAAAAAAUUGAAAAGAGGAGAAAACUGAAAUUGUAUGUUAAAGGUUACAGGCGGAGAUCUGGAUAUGACUCUGGGGAACUGGGUAGUGAUUCAUCAAUAAGUAGUGAUGACUGCAGAUCCACAAGAACUAUAUCCUAUAAUAAUAAUGCAUCUAGUUGUAGAUCAAUUAGAACCAAUAUUACAGACAUUCAAAAAACAAUUAGAGAAAACAGCAUGUAUAAAGAUUGUACAGACAGUUUUAAACAAAAUAUAUUUAUGAAUAAGUUACAUGUUAGAUCUGGAAAUAGAGACAGGCCCAUUCCAAACGAAGUACAAAAUUGUCAUUUGCCAUCUACUCAUUUUGUUUCACAUCAUAAUAUAAAUAAAGAGCAUAGUCAAGGUCCAAUUAUGCAAAAAGAUAGAUUUAAAUCUGCAGGCCUGUUGCCUUCCCAGAGGUUCCAUUCAACUGUUACAUCUACAAAUAAUAUCACUGAAGAUAGUAAAUUGAGAACAAAAUUACCCACAAAUACUACAGAAGAAACAGAUAGUGACAACAAUGAAAUAUUUUCUGAAAUAACAACUAGAGGAAAGACCGUUUGUAAUACAGAGAAAAUAUGUGAUAAGGAAAUGCUAGAGCAACGAAAAAGAAGAAUAGAUAUUAAUGAUGUACAAACUUCUACUAGCAAAAGAAACAAAAUAUCUUCAUCUUCACAAACAACUUCACAAAUAGAGCAUAAACAACAAAAUCAGGAGUCUAAGAAAAUUGAGGUGAUUAUGAAUAAUAAGACAAAUGAUUUUGAAUUUGUUAAGCCUCAGUUUCCUAUAAGAAAAUUUAAUCAAGGCAAGGUUAAAGAGGUCCUGUUAGCAAAAUCAGCUCAGACAUUGAGUCAAAAACAAGUACAACCUUCACACUCUAUGAAGAAUGUUGAAGAGGAAAGCAAAGAUCAAGCUUAUGAAAAUUCUAAAUCUAAAUUAUCUCAACACACUGAAGAUGUGUCAAUGCGGCCAAGUUUUAUUAAAAGAAAGUUAUAUUCUCAAAAACAUGAUCUUAUGGAGAGCAAAAAUGUCAGUACUGAUAACUUAGUAGCAAAUAGUCCACAAGGGAAUGUUUACAGUGCCACGCAAAAAGAAAAACACAAAACAAGAAAGUUGGUUACCAAUCAGUCAUGUUUGAAUCGUAAUGUAUUACAGGAGGAUAAAAAUUUACUUGAUUUAAUUCACAAAAUAGUACCUCCAGAUCGCAUGAAUAUAACAAAUGUGACUAACAAAACUAAUAUUAUAACUAAUAAAAAUCAUUUAUUUGAUGAAGAUAAAUGGGAUGUUACUUCUAUUAUAUCCACUUGUAAUGAUGACGAUGUCAGUGACACCUACACUGAUGAGGAAAUAAUGAAAAAAGAUAGUGUACUAAAAACAAAGAAGAAUGAAAGUAAAAGAGAAAUAAAAGAUAAACACGCAAUAAAAGAAUGCAAAAUAGUGAUCCAAAAUUUACAAAAGAUCAAUAAACCUUCAUAUCCACAGAAGAAGACCGAUACAAAUAAGAAUAAUGGAAAUAAAACUGAUCAAAAAGAUUUAACUAGAAAUAAAAUUUAUAAAUGUGUAAAGUCAUUUUGGGACACUGAUUUUGAAAGCGAUUCAGAAAAUCAUAAACCAAAAUCAAAUAGUCAAGAAAACAAUAUAUCAGCAAAAAUAAAUCUGAAGAAAAUAAAUAAUCCAACAGAAGUAAAUAAUGUCUUAAAAGUAAAUAACCACAUGGAAAAAUCAGUUCUGAGUAAUAAAAGUUUUAAUAGAACUCGACAAUCUCCUAAGCAAAUGAAACAUUGUAUAGAACCUGUUGUUUCUAAGCCAAAGCAAGUAACAAAAGAAACAAAAAAGUCGAAAAUGUCAGAAUUGAAACAGAAAAAAAAUGAUAGACUAGAUAAAAAAAAUGCAUUAGAUACUAAUAAAGCUAAAUCAAGUAAAAAAAUUACAUUAGAAAUAAAUUCAUCUUCAAAUGAUUCUCCUGGGAACAAAACUAUUAAGAAUAGAAAUAAUAAAGUAUAUCCGGAAACAACAUUAAAUACUAUAAAUUCAUCUUUGAAUAGUACUUCAGAAAAUAUAAUAACCAAAAGUUCUCUCAGGACACGAAAAACAAGGAUAACGAAAAACAUAAUGCCUGAAAAUAUAAAUGAAACGUCAAAAAAAACUCAACAGAAUAUAGACUGCGAGACUACAUUCAGAACACUCAGAACAAGACGAAUAAAUUUAUCAAUUUGCACAUUUUAAUUUUAUGUCUAUUUUUUUUUUUUUAUUUGCCACGUCUCUGAUGUAAGUAUUGGAAAAAAAUUGAUUUACCGUAAUUUGGGCUUUUCACUGCUAGACAUAUUCAGUGUGUGAUGUUUCUGCUCUUAGUCAGAAAGAUACGUUAGGUUUGGUUUGGUGAAAGAUACAAAAAUGAUCUUGUUUUUAUAAAAUCCAAGAUUUACCAAUGUGCGAGCUUUUACGGUAACAUACACAUUGUUGUAGUUAUUUUCUGUAGAAUGCAAUAUUUAAAAUUAAUCAUUAAAAAAAGAUUCCUCUUAAUUUUUUUUAAGUAACUACAGUUUUGUCUUUUUUUGCUGAAAGUUAAACAUCAAGUGUAUAAAAAAAAAUUACUUCUUAGGGCUCACUUAAAACUCUUAAAAGAAUGUACUUUAACAAUCAAAUUAUCUUUACUGCCUUGAUUAUAUUUAUUACCUUUAUGAUUGAUCAUAAACAUGAUCGUGAAUCAGUAAACGCCAUAAAAAUGUGUAAUUAUUAUUAAAAAGCGCAUAUGUUGUAGUUUCGCCAGUAGUACUUUUCGAUUCGUUUCAUUUCAGGAAUGCAGUAAAUCCAUUGCUUGAAACUAGAUAUACGGCAGGUAAAUGUAAUAAUGUCAUAUAUAGUUGUUAUAUUUAUAUAUGAUUAACUUUUACCCGCAACUUCUUCCGCGUAACCGGGAUAUAUUUAUUGACCAAGAUAAAAAAUAAUUUAUAUCCUUCUCUAUUCCAUGUAUGUGUAGUACAAUUUAGUAUAAAUUUCAUAGGGAUUGGUUAUGCCCUCAAGGAUCAAUAAGAUAACAAGCACACAAACUGACUUUCACAUUUAUAAUAUUAGUAAGAAUUAAGUAACUAGAGAUUACGAUCGGCUGACUGUCUUGCAAUGAAAAACAAAUUACCAAUUGCAUCUUUUAUCUACAAUGCUAUCAUUUUUUCUCUCCUAUUUGACUACGUUUUAUAGAAUAUUUCGAUACCUCAAUGUAAGUUUUAAUAUAGAAUUAGGUGAAAUUGUCUUUAAUAGUUCAUAAUAAUAUAACAUUUUGUAAAUACAGUGUAUGAGAUCAUGUUGAGUAAAUUGUAUGAUGUUCUAAGUUGGAAUUUCCAAAAUGGAUAAAACAUUUUAACUCUCAAAAUAAAAAAUAAAAAUAUUUUCAAAUUAAAAGUAAUGUAAUAUUACAGGGAAUACACAGCAUAUUCUGUGAUUUCCGUGAUGAUAAAUAUAUCUAUCUAUAGGGUUUUUUUUUAUUGGAUGAUAAUGGAAUAGUGACCCCGCCUGCGCUAACGGUAUACGCUGGCGGAGCACCAGUGAGGGAUGAUAGCUGAGAAUGAAAAAGCAGGUCAGUUAGCCUAUCGUGAUGAAUGCAUCUGAAAUUCAGCACGAUGAUUUCCAGGGGGAACCGUGUGGAGGUCGACCUGGUAGGGUAUAUUGAUAGCAAUGGAGCCUAACCUCCCCAUUACUAACAAUCCCUUCCCCCCUAUCUAUAGGGGUUAACUAGUUUACUAUUCCAUGCUUAAUAAAGAAAAAUUUAACUUAAAUCUGUUCAUAUUAGAUUAUGUGUCAUGUUUUUUUUUUUUUUUUUAUUUUCCUAUAUUAACAAUGUUAGGUGUUAACAACGAAUCAUACUAGUAAUAAGUAGUUAUAAAGAGAUAAGUAAAUAUUCAUGGCAUAAUGUUUAUUUCGAUAAUGUAAUAAACCCACAAAGUAAAUAAUAUAUUAGGCCAGAAAAGAACCGUCACGAAUCCAAAUUGUUAUAUUUUAACUAUAGUAACAGAAGAAAAAAGAACUACUGGCUAUUGUAUAUAUGUUAAAAUAAUGUUUUAAGCUAAAACUCUUAGGUAUAUCAGAUGAUGUAAAGAACAACCAUAAAAUAUUUAUAUUGUUAUAGCAUGCCUCUUAAAUUAUUGUGUGUGAUUUUCUAUGAAGAUUUAAUAUUCCUGAGAUGUGCAUGAAUUAAGUAAGUAAGGAUUUAUGGAAUAAUUGUUAUAAUUUUUUUAUUUUACUUUUACAUUUUAAUAACUUGUACUGUAUUAUAUUAUCUUAGAUUUAUUAAAAUUUUGCAAAGUGACCUUCAAUUCUUACACAGUAAUAAAAUUAUAGUACUUACUCGUAUAAUUACAAGUCUUGACUAACUGAUCAUCUUAGUGAUAAGAAAACGAACCGUUUUGAUCUUCCAAUGGUUGCAGCUUCGAACCCCGCGCCGUAUAACAUAUAUAUAUUAAAAAAAUGUUUAACUUAAUGAAACUUUUACAGUUUAAUGUCAAGAUAACGACUUAAGAUUGCUAACGUAAAAUAAAAAAUCGAUUUUUUACCAAUUGUAUUGCUUUUGUAAUAAUUCCGACAAAACUUUGUUAAGUCUCAUUAAUUUCUAAUGUUUUUGGUGCCGUGUGAUAUGUAAACCCAGUGGUAUUUGUUAUAUACAGGGUAAAAUCUAAAUCAUUAGCAUCAUUUCAAAAAUUCUUUAUGCUAUGUCUAUGGUUUGAAGGGAGUGUUCUCUCUUAGCUCUCAAUACUGAAAUUCACCAAAGAUUAGUCAGAAAAGAAUUUUCUUUUUAUUUUCCAUACUAACGCAGUGAGUCCAGCUGUUUAAUUAGUAUGGGAGAUUUAAUUUUUUUGUCGUUUUCAACAGACUUCCAAAAGAAGGAGGUUCUUAAGCCGGGUGUAUUUUUUUGUUUGUCGCCUCAUAACUCCAUCACAUCUAAACCGAUUUGGAUUUUUUUUUAUUUGAAAGGAUAUACUUACAGAUUGGACCCAUAGAAAUCUUAUCAAAAUCUGUUCAGUGUUUAGUUUUAGA